AUGGAGGAGUAUCGAGCGGAAUUGGCAAAGAAAAAGGAGGAGAAACGACUGGAGCGAGAGCGAGCUAGAGCCGAGAAAGGAAGAAAGAAUCAGCAAGGCAAGGGGAGUCAAACUCCAGGCGGUGUUGGAUCUCAAACAUCGCAUUCAUCUCAAUCUCAAUCGCAUUCAGACUCCAAUGCGCCUUUUACGAUUGAGGACUAUGAACUGAUUUGUUUGUAUCUGGAGGUUCCUGAGAAUUAUUCAAAGCUUUACGGUAGCGGCGAUCAAACGGAUGUUGGACCUCAACCACUUACUAAAACGGCGGCAUACAAGAUGUUUGCGAUCUACAUGAAUAGUAACUGCGACAAGCGAUAUAAGCUCACUGGUGCUCAGCUUCGACAACGAUUAGAUCGAUACAAGAAGAAAUUUGCGGAGGCAAAGAAGUUUGCGGAAAAUACCGGAGCAGGGAUAGAGGAAGAGCAUGGAAUUUCAUCGCUUCGGGAGUUACUCAACGACAAGUGUCCUUGCUACGAACGCAUGGAUGUGAUUUUUGGUGCGAAGCCAAACGUGACUCCUUGUAUGCAAUACGACUCGGUUAAUGGUUCAAAUCUCUACGGGAGCUCGGACGGAAGCUCUCCAGAGAUAGUUUAUUCGGGUUGGGAGGAAUCACAGCGCGACGGUCAGGAGUCGAGUAUGCACGACGAUGAUGAGACUGGUAUGCGGAACGGAGAGGAGACGAGUAUGCGCGAAGGUGAGGAGACGACUAUGCGUGACGGAGAUGAUAAUACGACUCCGGGUGGCCAAGGAAUCCCAGACUUCGGGGCAGAGCUUCCGGCAGAUCUCCUUGGGCUGAACUCAUCGGGAGUUGAGCCUGCCGAGAGGGCUAUGGCAUCGUUGCAGGUGUCCCCUUUGGGCGAUUCAUUAGGCCUCAAUCUCGCAAAUCAAUCAGACGCUUCAUCGACUCAUCGUCUCUCUUCAUCCACUCAUCGUCGUUCACCAUCUCGGGUUCCCUCGUCGUCGACCAAUAGAAGUAGUACCAGAGAAUCUAAUGCCGAGAAGACGACCAACGGUAACACCCGAUUGCGAAAUGUUCUCACACCUGAUAACGAAGGGCCUCCCAGAAGUCAAUCACAAGGGAGUCAGGCCAAAUCGACGCUCGCAGGUGCCUUUGAAAGGACCACCGACGCCAAACUGGGUCAGUUUCAGAGCCAAGUAGAAAGGCAGAUGAAUUGGGAGCGAGAGAAGUUCGAGCUUCAAAAAGCAAAGGAUCAACUCGAUCACGAACGACAGGCGCGUCUCGAGGAAGCACGAGACGCUCGUGCGGCACAAAGGGAAGAGGAUCGUUGGAAGCAAGAGAUCGAAAGAGAUCAGCGGCGAUUUGAUCGAGAGUAUCAGAUGGAUUGCAACCGAUUGAACUGGGAAAGGGAAAAAUUCAACUCGGAACGUCAGGAGCGAGUUGGGCGAUUACAACUCUUAAACCUUUGGACGACUCAGGGGAAAACUAUUGAAGAGAUUGAACGGAUGAUGAGAUUAGCCUAG